AUGCCUGUUGACAUAGCCGCAAGAAGGUUGAGUAUAGAUCCUAUAGUUGUCGGUCUUCCGGAAAGACUCGAUGAAGGAGGUUAUAUUCAUUCCCGACGUGUACAGGUUUUCUUGGUUCGGAAUUUGAAGAGAAUCAAUAAGUUGGAAAAGGAUUUGAACUAUCAUCCAACUUUUGAUGGUGGGAGCAAGGAGAAAAGCUUCAGGAGAAGUAAGACGAUAGAACAAGUCACAGAGAAAGGGCAAGAGAGGAUAGACAGAUCCAUGACAAAGAUAGGAGUGGACGUGGGAAAGACAGACCGAGGAGAGAGUGCCAGAACUGAUAAACUCACAGUUGGCUCCCCGCCCGCAGCACUCUACACAGCUGCCGUCGAUACUCAAUAUCGACGAGAUCACUUAUUGACGAUCGGUCGUGGAGGUAGUUGGUCGUUUAAACAAUGGUGCGAUCUAGAAGGUGUUUUGAGGGCGCUCCGACCUGAAGCUACAUUCGUCGCUAUCGUCGAUUAUCGAGUCAUGGUCAGACCUCCUAAUGGGGUAGGAGAACUAAUACCCUUGAUCAUCUCCAUCGAAGAUUGGUCCAUCGCUCGAGAUAGAGAAAGAGAGUUUUAUCUUGAUCUCUUAGAUCGUAUGGAGAGAGAAUAUAGACGUCCACCGGGUCAACCACGCAGGAGGUUUACUCUUUGUGGAUAA